GGCCCGGGCGCGUUUCCCGUUCCGGGCCGGGCAGGGCGGGGCCGCGCCGGGGCUGCCAUGGCCGCGCUGGUGCUGCGGGCCGGGCCCCGGCUGCUGAGGGAGCGGCGGGGCCGGGGCGGGCUCGGGGCGGCGGGGCCGGGACGGGCAUCACAGUGCUUGAUCAGAAGAACAUUUUUUGGAUAUCCCCUAACUAAAGGAGGUUCUGGUCUGGUUCAAAAAACGAAAGAUGUUUGUUUGAGGUUCUGCAGACCACAACGUUCUGCAGCAGCUGCUGACACAUCUGGAGAGGACACCUUGCUGAAAUGGGGCCUUCUCCUCGUCCCUCUGACCACGUUUGGUCUUGGCACAUGGCAGGUUCAGCGGCGCAAGUGGAAAUUAGAUUUGAUUGCCCAGCUGGCAUCGAGAAUCACAGCAGAUCCCAUCCCUCUGACAUUAGACCCCAUGGAGCUGAAGGAGUUGGAGUACAGACCUGUGAGGGUCCGAGGGCGCUUUGACCACUCCAAGGAGCUCUACCUCCUGCCCCGCUCCCUGCUGGAGCCCGAGCGGGAGGCGCGGGAGGCCGGGAGGAUCACAUCCCACCCCGAGAACGGAGCCAACGUCGUCACCCCCUUCCACUGCACCGAGCUCGGGGUCACGAUUUUAGUCAACCGAGGAUUUGUGCCCAAGAAGAAAUUGAAACCAGAGACCAGGCUGAAGGGACAGAUUGAAGAUGAGAUUGAUCUCACAGGAGUGGUGAGGUUAACAGAGAAAAGGAAACCCUUUGUGCCUGAAAAUAACAUUGAGAAAAACCGCUGGCACUACCGGGACCUGGAGGCCAUGGCCAGGGUGACCGGUGCUGAGCCCAUCUUCAUCGAUGCAGACUUCAGAAGCACCGUCCCGGGGGGCCCCAUCGGGGGCCAGACCAGGGUGAGCCUGCGCAACGAGCACAUGCAGUACAUCGUCACCUGGUACGGCUUGUGUGCUGCAACUUCCUUCAUGUGGUACAAGAAAUUUAUACAGAAGCUGCCUCGGUGAGGGGAAGGAAGGAAGUCUUUGUGCUACAGUCAAGAGCAGACUUCUAAGGAGAACAGGAGCCUGAUCAGUCCUAAGUAACUAAUGCACCUGGAAUUCCAGAGCAGUUUCAGGAAACCUGUUAUAAAGCUGCAAACAGACUUUAAGCAAUUGCUGCAAACUGAGCUCCUACCCAUGAUUUGGCUGCAGCUUGGGAGCACUGAACUUUAAUAGUAAUCACAAGAAUACAUUUUUCUGUGGUUGCUGGUUGUAAGCUACAUUUUAACACCUCCACUGUAUUUUCCUUAGGACAAUUCCAGAGGAUUUUGUCAAUCGAACCAUUUGCAGCAAACAGUCCUUCCUGAAGUCAGGAAUGGCUCACAGCAGUUGCAGCAGAAUAAAUACAGGCCUAGA